AUGUCGUUCGGAAAGCUCUACUCCUACGCGGGCAACCCCCGCUCCACGGCCAUCCGCGCCGUCGCGAAGGCGAACAACCUUGAGCUUGAGGAGGUGGAGGUCGACACCAAGCAGCCGACCGCUGACUUCCUCGCGGCCAACCCCCUUCACAAGGUCCCGACCUUCGUUGGCGCCGAUGGCUUCGUCCUCACCGAGUGCAUCGCCAUCGCUGUCUACGUCACCUCUCAGAAUGAGAAGACCACCCUCCUCGGCAAGACCAAGCAGGAUUACGCUUCCAUCUUGAGGUGGCUGUCGUUCUUCAACAGCGAGGUGCUGCCCAAGCUCGGUGGCUGGUUCCGCCCCCUGCUCGGCAAGGACCCCUACAACAAGAAAGCUGUCGAGGAGUCGCAGAAGGCUGCCAACGCGGCCAUCGCCAUCGUUGAGGAGCGCCUCCGUGACAACACCUUCCUCGUCGGUGAGCGUAUCACGCUCGCUGACAUCUUCGCCACUGGCAUCAUCUCCCGUGGCUUUGAGUACUUCUUCGACAAGGAGUGGCGCAAGACCAGCCCCAACGUCUCGCGUUGGUUCGAGACGGUCUACAACCAGCCCAUCUACUCGGCUGUUGCUCCUCCGUUCUCGCUCCUGGACACCCCGAAGUUGACCAAUGUGGCCCCCAAGAAGGCCGAGCAGCCCAAGGCCGCCAAGCCAGCUGCUGCCCCCAAGCCGGCUGCCAAGGCCGCCGAUGAUGAGGAUGACGCCCCUGCGGAGGCACCUAAGCCCAAGCACCCCCUGGAGGCUCUCCCCAAGGCCUCGCUCCCCCUCGAUGAGUGGAAGCGCCAGUACUCCAACCAAGAGACCCCUGAUGCUCUCAAGUGGUUCUGGGAGAACGUCAAGUUCGACGAGUACUCGAUCUGGAAGGUCGUCUACAAGUACAACGAUGAGCUUACUCUGACUUUCAUGUCGAGCAACCUCAUCGGCGGCUUCAACACCCGCCUUGAAGCGUCCCGCAAGUACGUCUUCGGUUGUGCGUCUGUGUAUGGCGUCAACAACGACUCCGUCAUUGAGGGUGCCUUCGUGAUUCGCGGCCAGGAGUUCGAGCCCGUUUUCGACGUCGCUCCGGACUAUGAGAGCUACGAGUUCACCAAGCUUGACCCCACCAAGCCCGAGGACCGGGAGUACGUUGAGCUGCAGUGGUCGUGGGAGAAGCCCGUCGUCGUCAACGGCAAGGAGUACCCCCAUGCCGCCGGCAAGGUCUUCAAAUAA